AUGAUCAAAUUAAUAUCUCAAAAAAUGGAGAAUCAAAAAAAGAUCAGUAAUUUGUUUUUUGUUAUGUUAUUAAUUCUAAGUGUUAGUAGUAUUGCCUUUGGUCAAUUGAAAACAGACUUUUACAAAAAUACAUGCCCAAAUGUUGAGUCAUUAGUUCGUUCUGCUGUUAGACUGAAAUUUCAACAGACUUUUGUUACGGCUCCAGCGACUCUCCGACUCUUUUUUCAUGAUUGCUUUGUUCGGGGUUGUGAUGCAUCGAUGCUAUUGUCAUCACCAAAUGGAAAAGCAGAGAAGGACCAUCCAGAUAAUCUUUCAUUAGCUGGUGAUGGAUUUGAUACUGUUGUCAAAGCCAAAGCAGCUGUGGAUAGUGACUCUAAAUGUCGUAACAAAGUAUCUUGUGCUGAUAUUUUAGCUUUGGCUACUAGAGAAGUUGUUGCUAUGACUGGAGGCCCAUUUUAUCCGGUGGAGUUGGGCCGUCGUGAUGGGAAAGUUUCAACCUUAACCUCAGUCCAACAUCAACUUCCAGGGGAAGGAUUCAACCUAGACCAGCUCAAUACCAUGUUUGCUAGACGUGGCCUUAGCCAAACUGAUAUGAUCGCAUUAUCAGGUGCACAUACUCUUGGUUUCUCUCAUUGCAACCGUGUUUCCAAGAGGCUUUACAAUUUCAGCCCAAAGAGCAGUGUUGACCCGACCCUAAACAAAGCAUACGUGGCACAAUUGAAGCAAAUGUGUCCAUUACGGGUCGACCCAAGAAUUGCUAUUAACAUGGAUCCAACAACACCCAAUACUUUUGAUAAUGCUUAUUAUAAAAACCUUCAACAAGGAAAAGGUCUAUUUGUGUCUGAUCAAAUACUUUUCACUGACUCAAGAUCAAGAAAUACUGUCAACUUAUUUGCUUCUAAUAAUGAUGCAUUUAAACAAGCAUUUGCAACAGCAAUGACUAAGUUGGGUCGGGUCGGAGUUUUGACCGGAAAUCAGGGUGAGAUCCGAUUCGAUUGCACGAGACCAAAUUAGUAAUUACUUUAUUUGAGUUUAUUUACUAAUAAUAAAGUAAUAGUACGAUUUACCUAUUUUUUUUGUAAUCAUUUUUAUGACUUAUUGGGAUGUGUAACCAAUAGCUAGUUCGAUGAAAUUCCUCGACAAUUAGCUCUUUUGAUCUUGGUUACGCUAUAUCAAAAUUCAUCAAUAAAAUUGUUUUUCUAUUUAUCUUU